AUGAAGGGAUCUGUUAGUGAGCAUCCAGCUGUGUUUGAUUCUGAAUGGAAAGUAGUCAACUCGAAUACUAGCAUGGUGCGACCUCUUCGUGGCGUUGAGCUGAUGAUCCAGUCCUCGGAGCGCUUUUGCAAUGGAAACUUCCAAUUGACGCUGGCGGCCUCGCUGGAAACAACUCUGACAUGUGAGCAACUAACAAGGCGCCAUCAAGCCGCCUGGUGGAGAACUCGACACAUGCGCCCCGUCGUCGGAGUCGUCUUCGGUCUGGAUUAUGCGGCUUUUGAAGUACAUGGAACUGUUGAUGCGGCGAAGCAAUGGGCUACACAGACGUGCCGAGUAGCAAGCAACACGACCGUUGCCGACGUCGCCCUGGCCCGCUCCCGACAGCCAUUGGAAAGUCCGACCAUGACGCUGGUGGUUAAUCCCAUACGCGGCGCCCGAGGUUGCGUCCUAAACGUAUCGCACACUCUCAUUAGCCAAGAAGGCUUCCGAAUAUUGCAAGAGUUUCUCACCCAGCUAGCCCGUCCUGAUAGUGAGCUUGGCAUUAACACCGUCUUUUCGCCAGAGACCGUGCUUGAUGUCCAACUGCGCCUCCCACAAAGCCUGAGCCAUGCAUACUCGUUACUCCAUCAGCCGACGCCACAAGAGCUCCGUGAUGCUUUCCAAAUCUACCAGCGAGUCCAGAUGCAUUGGGCCCGCUCAACUAUCGGGAUCCCCCUUCACCGCGACUGGCAGAAGCGUCCGAGCCACAUCUAUACCAAAGUUGUCCAGUUUGAACCCUACGAAGCGUCGGCCGCCUUGAAAUGCCUCAAAAAAUGGGGUAUCACGCUCACUACGGCCUUCUUUGCUUGCAUAACCUCGGCCAUUGCCAACACCUACGACGCUGGGAAUGAGGACGGUGCCCAUCUUUUGUAUAGCGCUAAUGCCAGGCGAUGGCUGCCCACCAACGGCCACGGUGUUCUCGUAACCAUGGGUAUCUUGCCCGCCGGUAUGUGGAUUGAUGCCAGCAAAGUGGAUAUCCGAGCCAAAGACCAGCCGGGACUGAUGCGACUAGCCAGGGCCAUCGAGCAAGCCCAGCAGGAAGACCUCGUCUCCCCGCACAUCAUUGCCGUCUACGAUCAAAUUGCACCCGCUUUGGCAAAGGCCAUUGGUGAACAGCCCCAAUCUACUUCGUCUCCUAUUGGUCGCCCGACCCUGACGUCCCAGGGCUACUUCGAUGACGAUGUCAACCGUCUUCCUGGUCCUGGCCGGGACCAGAUUCGAAUGACCGACAUUAGUUCGGGAGGACGCAACACGGACCCAAAUGUCUGCUUUGCUCUAUACAGCUUCCGAGACGAGCUCCGUUGCAAUCUAAUGUUUGAUGGGCGCUUCUUCGUCCAAGAUGAAGUCAUGCAACUUGCGUACACUGUCUCUGGCCUCUUUCGCCGUUUGACAACAGAGGAACUGGAGUUUCCAAAACUCUGA